AUGGAUUACAUGAUGGAUCUUAUACGGGGGCCUGCGUCGAAAAAGCAAAAACUGAGUGCCACGCAGCAUAAAGAGACUGGAUUCGAGACACCUGCCCCUCCUCAGGCAAAUGAGCAACACCACCCACCCAGUUCGCUGCUGCCUUUUAGGUCCAGCUUUACCUCAUCUCCAGAUUCCAAAACUAAACCGUCGCUCAAGGGCGUUGCGCCUGACAUAAAAAUUUACAUACCCGCUGGUAGUCUGCGUCUCUUGAGAAGUGUUACCCCAAUUGAGGUUCAGGCUUGGGAGUCCUGUGUGUCUUGGGCGGCUCUCUCUCCACAUAGAGGAGGGUACAGUCAAGCUCAGCACUUCUUACAGGAAGAUUUUCAAGAGCAGCUUUUCAGUUCACCAUCCCUGCAGCCGUACUAUAAUUUGCAUAUUGAAGGAUGGAUUCGAAUGGAGUUUAAGACGCAAGGCCCAAGUCAUGGCCAAGUGCGUGUUUAUAUCUUACCUGAUGAUGUUGGAAGAGCUAUCAUCUCAAGGCAAAGUGCGACACUACGAAAGUGUAUGAAACUUUUGCUUUCCCAACUAGAUCUUUCGCCACAUACUUGGAAUGGUUCAUGGGAUGAGAGGAUACCAGUGGCCCACAUUAACUCAGAGCUCGACGAUGGCAAGACCCACGAGGAUCCGUCUUUAUUCCAGCUUUUUAACACCUUACCGUCACCGAAUCCCGACCCCGAAGCAGUAUCAGAUCCAUACGCCAGAAGUGCCAUGCAAGACCUUCUGAAUAAUGAUGUUCGCGGUUUGAACACCGUGAUGUACAAGUACCAGUGUCGUUCUGCCGCUUUGAUGCUUCAACGCGAGGCACAGCCUACAAGAAUGAUCGAUCCAAGGCUGAAGCACCUCAAAGACCAGGCGGGUGCCACCUGGUAUUGUGAUGUUAGUGCUAGCUCCUGCCUUGUAGAACCCAGAACCUACGAGACUGCGCAAGGAGGAAUAUGUGCGGAGACUAUGGGUUUGGGGAAAACCUUGAUUUGUCUAUCACUGAUUCUGGCGACCCGCGAUUUGUCCUCUCAUAUUCCUGCAGUGCAUUCACUUGGGACUAUCCCAGUUCGUAAGAAGACAGGCUCACUCACGGAAAUGUGUGCUCAUACGAUUGGGCGAAGUGGAACUCCUUGGAAAAACUAUUUCGCCGCCGACGAGGCUGAAGGUUAUGAUUCAUCUCGGUGGAAAGAACUACUUAGAGAGGGAGCUGGCUAUUACACCUUACCUCCGGCUCGUUUGUCAAAAAGUCAUCGCAAUGCAAUAUCAAGCCCUGCACGAAAGGUUUGGCUAUCGACGGCGACUUUGGUGGUUGUUCCGUCGAAUUUAAUACAGCAAUGGCAGAAGGAGAUCAAUAAGCAUGUUUCUGAUGGAGAGCUGAAUGUUCUUGUAAUGCAAUCUUCCAGCGACACGCUACCUGAUGCUAAAAUUCUUGCCAAUUAUGACAUUAUUUUGUUUACUAAGGAACGCUUUAAGCAGGAGUCCAAAGAUGGUUUUGAUGAACAUGGCCGGUAUGUGGGAAGCACCACAAAACUAUGCAGGUGCCCUUACAUUGGCGCCACACGGGAUCGCGCAUGUACUUGUUUCAACGAGGAGGAUGUGUAUCGCUCCCCUCUAAAAGACCUCCACUUUAAAAGGCUCAUCACAGACGAAGGCCAUGCAUUCGGAAAUGCUUCAACGAAGAAACGAACAGAGACAUUGUCAGUGGUCGAUGAUUUGCGACUUGAUGCUCGAUGGAUUGUUUCAGGUACUCCUACUCAAGGGCUUUAUGGUGUAGAAAUAGAUUCAUCUCGGCCCCUGGAAGCUGCUGAGUCCCAUUCUGGCACACCCAGUCCAAAUAAGACUACUAUGAGCAACAAGCACGUCGCAAAGAGCGCUGCAGAGAUGGAGGACUUAUUCAACCGACAGGAGCGCAAGGAUCUCGAGAAGCUGGGGAAUAUCGCUAUAUCAUAUUUGAAGGCACGUCCCUGGGCUAAUAGGCCAGAGGACAAAGAUACAGCGUCGUGGGUAUACCAUGUUAUGCAACCUCGUCAUGGUUCAAAAAGCCAUGGCAAUUUGGAUUGUCUAAGAGCCACAUUGGAAAGCAUGAUUAUCCGUCAUCGCCCGGAAGAUGUUCAGAAGGACGUUGCCCUGCCUCCAUUAUAUCAGAAAGUUGUCUACCUUGAUGGUUCUAUGCAAGACAUAAUGUCAUUGAAUACAUUCGCCAUGAUGAUUGUCGGCAACGCUGUGACCUCGGAGCGGAAGGACGUUGAUUAUUUGUUCCAUGCUAGUCAAGUAAAGGCACUACAGAGUCUUGUCUCCAAUCUGCGCCAGGCUUCAUUCUUCUGGUCAGGGUAUACUCACUCAGAUAUCACCAGCUCUUUGAAUACGUUUAAAGGAUUCUUAGAAAAAGGUGAGGUCGCUGUGAGCGAUUCUGAUAGAAAGUUACUCGAAACUUCAAUUACUGUCGGGAAAAUCAUCUUACGGAACCGCAUUUCUGAGGCCAAAAGUGUCUUUCACGAGAUGCCAAUGUAUAUGGAAAAUAAUCUCUCAACGGAAGCCAAAGAAAUCUGGGCUCUGGAUAACGGGCACGCAUCUCCUACGCUAAUAGGUGCCUCCUCGAUACUAGCACUCCGAAAGGUUGCUAGCACCUAUGUCAGCAAAACGGCUACAGAGAGCUUCACCAAGAGAGUCUUGGAAGAAGGCCGCAACAACAGACGCCGCAUGUACCGUGACGCUACACCAUCUAUGCCAAACAGAAACAAAGAUUCUGCCACACAUUCAUUGGCAGGUAGUGUGACUGCUGGAAACGACUCAAACAAAAGACUUCGAACAUCACGGAGGACGCCAAAUGUCGCGGCGGCCAUCAGAUCACCGUCAACUGCUACGUUGCGCGAGAGCCAUACGAAUAGCCCAACACCAAAGAAGUCCUCAAGCUCCAAACCUGGGCCUAGUGGUGCGGGUCAUCUGUCUGACGCGGAGAAGUUGAACAUAUUAAAUAAUGCGAUUGAGUGCUCCGAUUUCAAGACUUCAGCGAAAUUGGUUUCUACUGGGUCGGCAAAAUUAUCCUACCUGAUGGAUCGAAUUCUCGCUCACAGCCAAACAACGGAGAAGGUAUUGAUUUUCUAUGAAUCCAACAACGUUGCCUAUUAUAUCGGCGAAGCUUUGGAACUGCUAGGUAUCAAACAUUUAUUCUUCGCCAAAACCCUGAAAAUCAAACAGCGAGCCGACCAUAUUGUCGAAUUCAACGCAGACCCCGAAUGCAAAGUCUUGAUCAUGGAUGUUUCGCAGGCCGCGUUUGGACUGGAUCUGAGUUCAGCAUCCCGAGUAUACUUUAUCAACCCGAUCCUGAAUCCCCAAAUCGAAGCACAGGCGGUCAAGCGAGCACAUCGUAUUGGCCAAAGCAAGCCUGUCUACGUAGAGACCCUGGUACUCAAAGGUAGCAUCGAGGAGCUCAUCCUUACUCGGCGCAAGGAUAUGAGCCCCGAAGAACAUAAGAAGUGCAAAAGUAUACUAGACGACGACAUUAUAUUCGAUUGGAUCCGUAACGGCCGCUUCUUAGAACUUCCUAGUAGCGACAUUCCUGGCUCUGAUCAAAUGGCGAGGUUAGAUUCUCCUCAGCCACUAUUCAGGGCGAAUUUAUUUGCGUCACCGCCUGCAGUGGUACUAGUUGACUGA